CCCCACCCACUAAUACGUCAGUCAGACAACAAUGGCGGCCUUCGCUGUAGCACGGAGCCGCUGCGUUCUGCUUUCCGGACUAAAAGCUUCUUUUAAAACAUUCGGACAGGUAAAACAUGGCGUGGCUUCGGCAGCCGUUGCACAGUCCGAGCUGCAGCAACAGUCGCGGCGGUGGUAUUCCGUUAGUCAUCUCUCCGUCCAGGAGAGGAUAGACAGAAAGAGGAAUGCUGCGCUGAUCGGAGGAGGUCAGAAGAGAAUUGACGCGCAACACAAAAGGGGGAAGCUGACAGCCAGAGAGAGAGUUGAGCUCCUGUUGGAUAAAGACUCGUUUGUAGAGUGUGACAUGUUUGUGGAACAUCGCUGCUCUGACUUCGGCAUGGAAGAGGACCACAACAAGUUCGCAGGGGACAGUGUGGUGACUGGACAGGGGAGGAUCAACGGAAGGCUGGUGUAUGUCUUCAGUCAGGACUUCACAGUAUUUGGAGGCAGUCUGUCUGGGGCUCACGCACAGAAGAUCUGUAAGAUCAUGGACCAGGCCAUGAUGGUGGGUGCUCCAGUCAUUGGUCUAAACGACUCUGGCGGAGCCAGGAUACAGGAGGGGGUGGAGUCACUGGCUGGAUACGCUGACAUCUUCCUGAGGAAUGUGAUGGCUUCAGGUGUGGUUCCUCAGAUCUCUCUGAUCAUGGGUCCCUGUGCUGGAGGAGCUGUCUACUCUCCUGCCCUGACCGACUUCACCUUUAUGGUCAAGGACACCUCAUACCUGUUCAUCACAGGUCCUGACGUAGUGAAGUCUGUCACCAAUGAAGACGUCACUCAGGAGGAACUGGGAGGAGCUAAAACACACACCGCCGUGUCAGGCGUCGCUCACCGUGCGUUUGAGAACGACAUCGAUGCUCUGCUCAACCUCCGAAACUUCUUCAACUUCCUUCCCCUUAGCAACCAGGACCCCGCCCCCGUUACUGAGUGCCACGACCCCAGUGAUAGACUGGUUCCUGGUCUGGACACCAUUGUUCCCUUUGAGACCACUAAAGCCUACGACAUGCUGGACAUCAUCCAGGGGAUUGCGGACGAGAGGGAGUUCUUUGAGAUCAUGCCUAACUACGCUAAAAACAUCGUAGUGGGAUUCGCUCGCAUGAACGGACGAACUGUUGGAAUUGUAGGGAAUCAACCUAAAGUAGCGUCUGGUUGUCUGGACAUUAACUCAUCAGUGAAGGGAGCUCGCUUCGUUCGUUUCUGCGACGCUUUCAACAUCCCCAUCCUCACCUUCGUGGACGUGCCUGGUUUCCUGCCAGGUACGUCUCAGGAGUAUGGCGGUAUCAUCCGACACGGGGCCAAGCUACUGUUUGCCUUUGCUGAGGCCACCGUCCCCAAGAUCACCAUCAUCACUAGGAAGGCCUACGGAGGAGCGUAUGACGUCAUGAGUUCCAAGCACCUGAGAGGAGAUGUGAACUACGCCUGGCCGUCUGCAGAGGUGGCCGUGAUGGGAGCCAAGGGAGCUGUACAGAUCAUCUUCAGAGGGAAAUCCAACCAGGCAGAGCAGGAGGCUGAAUACGUAGAGAAGUUCGCCAACCCUUUCCCUGCCGCUGUCAGAGGGUUCGUGGAUGACAUCAUCGUGCCGUCGACCACCCGGAAGAGGAUCUGUAGGGAUCUGGAGGUUCUGGCCUCCAAGAAACAGACCAACCCCUGGAAGAAACACGCCAACAUCCCACUCUAACAGACACCUUCAUCCACCCGACCGGUCUGUCUCCAAUUUCACCUGUAGCUUAGAGCAGGGCUCUCCAACCCUGUAGGUUUUCACUCCAACCCUGUUCCUGGAGAGAUACCUUCCUGUAGGUUUUCACUCCAACCCUGUUCCUGGAGAGCUACUGUCCUGUAGGUUUUCACUCCAACCCUAAUCUAGCGCACUUGAUUCUAACAAUUUGUUGGUUGAUAAGCUGAAUCAGGUCAGUUACAGGAAAGUAUCUCUCCAGGAACAGGGUUGGAGAGCCCUGGAUUAGAUCCACUUAUCUGUCCCUAACCCUGUGGGACUUGUUAGGAAGAAUCCGCAUUUUUCUGUCUGGUGAAUCCAGACUGAUUUGUUAAAUAAAAUCAUUGAAAUUGUAAA